UCGGGAUCGGCAUUCUAAAAAUACAAAAGAAAAUGUCAGCUUUCACUUUUACAGACAAAUUUUCGUUCCCACCCGACAUUGAUGCCUUGAGUGUUCCUAAUCCAGAUAAUAAAGUCUGCGUCAUAUCUUUGAUUGGAAAGAGUGCAUACCAUACAAAUGCCUCCAAGGCAUCACCUCUUAAUCACAUUCUAGACAGGGAUGUUUUCAAGUGCAUACCUGAGUCUGUGGAGGAUUCCAUUAAUAAGGGAGAUGUUGAGUGUUUCUAUGAUGCCGAGAGUCAAGUCAUAUAUUUACACCUACGGUCAUUAAGUGAUGUUCAUAGGGUUGCUGCCCUUUGUCAGAGACUUGUUUCAGAAAAGUCUUCAAAAGAUUUUUUCUUCAUUUGGCAGAAGGAGGAAUACAGAGUAGCUAAAACACUUCUAUGGAUGUUUGGAGUUUCUCAUCUGUUACUGUUGUCUCACCCUGGAAGUUCUUUUGAUAUCAGUUUUGUUCGGCUCUUCAGAACUUUGGACAACAUCAGAUUGAAGCUACAACACAGUGUGUCAGAUCAGCUCCAUGGACUACCCAUCUCCAAGGAUUGGUCGUACAAUGGCCGGCCCUGCUCCCCCCGAGUUCUCUUUGUGUUUGAGUCCAAUCCUCUUGACAUCAGUGUUGAAGAUUCAGAAUUGGGAUUAAAGUCAAGAUCACCAAAAGGGUCUCCAAUCAAGAGAUUACAACAUGCUAUGGAGGACCAGAUAUACAGAAUACUCAGAAAAUCCAGGGUCAUAACCAACAUCAGCAACAAUUCCUUAUUUGCUGUGCCAGCCAAUCAGGAGUUUGUUUACAUCCACACUGAAAGGUCAGAGGUGGUUGACCCUGUUGCUUAUUAUCUGGAACAGCUGAGACAGAACAGCACAAUUGUGAAAGAUUCUGUUAACGUCAGAGAGACAGAUUCCCCGAGAAGUCGGAGCUAUCAAAGUAACAGAAAGGUGAACCAGGGCAACGGACCGUCUGAAUCUAGGUCAUCAUCCACCACUGCGCGCUCAAAGGGAGGCAACAGCUUUAAGGAGUUUCUAUGGCAACACAUUGAGAUGGCCCUAGGAAGAGGCUUUGAUGACAAUGUUGGCAGAAAUCCAGUUCCUUCAUUAUUUGAGAAUGUAUCAGCACAGACCUGGUUUGUGGUGGCCAGCAAGCUCUAUCAGUUCUAUUUUGGGGAUGUAAUUGACGGGAAAGCCCAGGCUCACCUAAAUACCCUGAAGUCCCUUCUGGAAACAGACAUCAGAUUUUCUGAGAAUCGCUGUAACAAAGUUCUCCCCCUUGCGGAAGCUGCAUACCAAGAAAAUCUGCCCACUCAUUAUGUCACAAAUUUUCACUUGUCAAAGCUAGCCCAGGCUCAGAGGGUGUUUCACCAGUUUGCCCGGGGACCAGCUUGUGAGAAGUACCUGAAACAGCUGGAACAGUCCUGUGAGAAGUUCUGGAGAAAUGGCCGACAACUGUGUGAGGAAGUCAGCAUCUUGUCAAAUCACUGUGUUAACCCUCUUCACAGAUUGCCAGAUGACCCAGAAACGGAUGCAAACUGCCAUCUACCCAUCAUGCCUCACUCGAGUCAAUUAAAGACUAAAGCUUCCUGUAACUGUGGCAGAAAGCAGGCAGACAAAGAGGACCCAUUUGAUCAUAAGUAUGCUAACUUUGAUUUCUACAACUCUUUGGAGCCGACUUGUUGUGGGGAGCUGGAACACUUGGAUCUCCUGGUGUUUAAACCCAGCACUUCUGAUGUGAAGGCUAGUCAAAUAGGGAGGGUACCCAGCAUGGAAGAAAGGGGAGAGAACACCACCCAGAAGGACACACUGAAACAUGAUAUUGUCACGGGGAUGGGAAGCCUCAGUCUUGCACUGAGUUUAGGUCAGUCAGGAGGAAGUGAGUAUCUACCGCACCAUGACCACCACAGUGUGAUAAGCACCACAGAACACUACACAAGCCACCAAAGUGACCACGGACCAGAGACGGAUGAACACGAAGAAGGUUCAGACGGACCAAUAGAGGCUGGGCACAGUGUAGAUGUAGUGGAAGAGGAGGAUGAGGAUCAACUGGAAGAGGAGGAGCACAGUCCUGACAAGGAAGAAGGAAGUGGGCACAAACAGGAAGAAACUGAAGCUUUAAAACAGGAAGAAGAGCCACACAAGCAGGAAGUAGGGUCACCUAAACAGGAAGUGGACAUGAUGCCCAGCUCACCUAAACAGGAUCUGAGUUCUCAGAGGAUAGAGCCAGAAAUCAUGAUUAAUUCACAAAAGGCUGAUGUGGAGAUUCCACACAAAGAUGAAGUUCCUCUUGAAAAAUCAGUUCUUAAAAAGGUGGUGGAGCUUGAUGAAGCAGGCACUAUGAGGCAACACUCCACCACAGAGUACCUGUAUGGAAUGAUCCACUCCGAGUCCCCUCCACAUCUGCUACCCAGGUUCCCCUCCUGGAACAUCUGUUGUUUGGGAAAGUCAACCAUGUACAACCACUCUGCAGGACUGGAUUUACCAGGAUUCCUGCAUGGCAGUAACUUCCUUCUGCCCUGGGAUAUCACAGUGAAGGCUGAGAAAGACAAGUGGCCGUCCAUAGGGGAAACAACCUCCCGCAAAGGGAAGCAGAAAAAAAGUAGUAAAGAAGUGGGAGAGGUGAACUUGAGAAUUUACCUGGGUGAUGAGUACGAGUGUCCCAGGGGUCACAGGUUUUUCUGUAGCGGUCCAGAGAAAGUCAUCAAGGUCUCUAGUUCCAGCACAGUCAAGGAUAAUGCUACAAAGCUAGUCAGUCUAGAUAUGCCAUUGUAUUGCCCCUGUCCUCAGUGCCGAAGCACUAAGGGUUAUGUGGCCCAGCUGAUGAGGCUGUAUGUGUGUACCCCCGAGGGACCAGUGACGGUGACCUUGGAUCCUCACAUCCAGCCCUCAGCCCCACCCUGCCCUGUUUUCUCCCUGGGCACAGAAAACCCUGUAGAGCUGCCGGCAGGGUCAGUGUGGGUUGUACGAAUGCCACAUAUCUACAUGGGUGACCACGGACCCUACACCAUGCCCACAGACUCUCAACACUUACAGUUCUGUAGAAUGCUAAAGGGAGUGUUUAGUUACAGGGAUCUCAACAAGAACCCAUGACUCACCCAGCGCAAUGCUUAUGUUAUCAGCAAAUAUUUGUAUUGUGUGUUUGUUUUAUGAUCCAAUAAAAGUCGACUCUAAUA